GCCACCACCACCGCCACCGCCACAACCUCCGAUGAAGCUGUAGGAUCCUCUGAAGGGGAGCUAAGCUGUGGGGAUGUUGAGACAUCAGAAGGCCAGGACAGUGGUUCUCGGGUAGCCGAUCAUGAACUGAAGGAAAUUCUUCUCAAAAAGUAUAGUGGUUACUUGAGCAGUCUUCGGAAGGAAUUUUUGAAGAAAAGGAAGAAAGGGAAGCUUCCCAAGGAUGCUAGAUUAGUGCUUCUAGACUGGUGGAACACUCACUAUAGAUGGCCCUAUCCAACAGAAGAGGAGAAAUCGAAGCUUGCAGAGAUGACAGGUCUCGACCAGAAGCAGAUAAACAACUGGUUCAUAAACCAAAGGAAGAGACACUGGAAGCCUUCAGAAGACAUGAGGUUUGCCCUCAUGGAGGGAGUAAGUGGAGGGUCGAGUGGCGCGACAUUGUACUUUGACACUGGCAUGAUUGGGCCUGGAACUAUAUAAACCUAUUCAUACGUGUAGUUCUCAUUUUUAUUUAAUUGGCAGUUAUUCUGAUGACCUUGUAAAUGUGAUGUUGCUGAGGAUCAAAUUGCGUCAGUUGUAUGUAUCUGUUGGCUACUUCACCUUAUCUUAAUUUGAUGAACCUACCCAAUA